AGGCCUUUUUUCUUUCCAGCACUGCACGAUGGAGGUAACUCCAGUUUUUUGUGUUGUAGGAAUAGCAGCAACAUUAACGCUGUUAUAUGCAUGGAGAGUUUUAAAUUGGUUGUGGUUCGAACCAAAGAAGAUAGAAAAGUUCUUAAGAGACCAAGGCCUUAUGGGGACCCCUUAUAGGUUCGUGUUCGGAGAUCUCAAAGACAUGGUGCAAAUGACGACUGARGCCAAAUCUAAAUCCAUGAGUGUMACUGAUCAUGAUAUCGCUCAUCGCGUCUUCCCCUUCUUCCAUAAGUCUGUCACUACUCAUGGUAAGAAUUGUUUUACAUGGAUGGGGACAAAACCUCUGGUACACACAUCUGAUCCGACUAUAAUACGAGAGGUCUUGGCUAAUUAUUGUCAAUUUCAAAAGCCAAGGGAAGGGAAUCCAUUAACAAAGUUGCUAGAAACUGGAUUACUCUACGCCGAGGCUGAUCAAUGGAUUAAACAUCGAAAAAUCAUCAAUCCUGCAUUCCAUGUGGAGAAGAUCAAGCGUAUGGUACCCAUGUUUUAUGUGAGUUGCAACGAGAUGAUCCUCAAAUGGGAUGAAAUGAUGAACAAARAGAACUUGCUUGAAGUGGAUGUUUGGCCUCAUCUUCAAACGCUUUCUAGUGAYGUAAUUUCACGUACAGCAUUCGGUAGCAGUUUUGAGGAAGGAAGAAAGAUAUUUGAGCUUCAAAGAGAACAAGCAGAGCUCAUUAUCAAGGCUGUAAAUUCAAUUUACAUUCCGGGAUCAAGAUUUUUGCCGACAAAAAAUAACAAGAGGAUGAAAGAGAUUGACCAGGAAGUGAAGGCUACAAUAAACAACAUUAUCGAUAAACGAGUUGUUGCAAUGAAAGCCGGAGAAACCCUCAUUGAUGAUGACCUUUUGGGCAUCCUUUUAGAUUCCAAUUACAAAGAGAUUAAACAACAAGGGAAUGACGGCUUUGGAUUAAGCAUUGAGGAAGUCAUCGAAGAAUGCAAACUUUUUUACUUUGCAGGACAAGAGACCACGGCAAAUAUGCUUGUUUGGACUAUGAUUUUACUAAGUCAACACAUAGACUGGCAAUCACGUGCUCGAGAAGAAGUUUUAUGUGUCUUCRGAGAAAAAAUACCGGAUAUAGAUGGUUUGAGUCGUUUAAAGAUUAUCAACAUGAUUUUCAAUGAGGUUCUUMGACUGUAUCCACCGGCAGGACUCCUAAGACGGCUAAUACAUGAUGAAACCAAAUUAGGAAAUAUAACCUUACCGACAGGUACAUUGGUCCAACUAAACACAUUGUUUCUACACCACGACCAAGAUAUAUGGGGUGAAGAUGUGAAGGAGUUCAAGCCCGAGAGAUUUUCCGAAGGUGUGUCAAAAGCAACSAAAGGACAAGCCUCAUUUCUCCCAUUUGGUGGGGGGCCACGCAUAUGUAUUGGUCAGAAUUUCACUAUACUCGAAGCAAAAAUGAUACUUGCAAUGAUUCUGCAGCGUUUCUCUUUUGAGUUAUCUCCGUCGUACUCRCAUGCUCCACAUGCUGUAGCUACUCUACAACCUCAGUUUGGCGCCCACUUAAUUCUACACAAACKUUAGGCAAAAAAAUUGCAUGUUUGGGUUUAUUUUAGAGUAAAAAUGGUUUUAUAAUUUUGGGUUACUUAAUUAUGUCUUUUGUAUUGUUAUAUAUGUAUUAUUUACAUUAUCRUGUAUCGU